UCAGCGUAGGAUAUAGUAAGUGCAAUUUUUAAAUGUAUUAAUUUUUAUAAAUUAGUUAACUAGGAACCCAAUUAUGGUGCCUUAAACAAACAAACAAACAAAAAAAAUAUUUACGUAAUAAGAACAAAAUAUGAAAAGAUCCGCUUCAGAUGAAAUUUCGGAAAACAAUGUCUUUAAGAUUUUAAUUAGGCUAUAGUUAAUGGUGGUGGUGCCAAAAAGUCACCAAGUCACUAAUCAGCCUGAGCUUAAACGAAAAGCUAAGAUUUUAAACUACUGAGAAGACAUUAGGCUUCUCUUAUGAGUUUUUUUCCCAUGUAAAUGACUGCCAGUAUGCCUAUAUUUGCUGUUUGUUUACAAAGUUCACGUGCAAAAUAGCCAGGUGCAAUCAUUUCACAUCCAGUCGCCUCUUGCCGAGCUCUGCCCUCAGGCGGAGAUGAAUUUUAUUGGUUCAGCGGGUCGCGUGAAAGGUGUAAAUGAAAACUGUUUAGAAGACAGUGCGCGCGCCCCCCCUUUGAGGAAGAUUGUCAUGUGACAACACAGAGAACACUUGAAGAGACAGAAAAAGGAGGACAGAAGCGCAGCGACUUUAGCACACACACACACAGAGAACUCCGAGUGAGGCCAUGAGAGACUUUGAGAUUUUGAUUUUAUGCUGAAGUUUAGCUAGCAAUUUACGAAUGGACAGCAUUUCACAAACUCCUAAAACAAACGAAUAAAACGCACUGCAUAAUUUACUCAAAAGUUUUUACAAGAAUGGAUAUUAAGUGAGUGUCAACUGAGGCACCUGUAUAAGAUGUCUGACUUUUCACUUCGGAUCACUGUGAGAUUUUCAACAAACUCGGAGUGUUUUGAAGCUCUUCAUCACUGACUCUGUGAACUUAAGGUAGGCUGAUUCAGUUAGGAAAAUGCCUCGUCCUGGAAGAAACACGUACAGCGACCAGAAGCCGCCGUAUUCGUAUAUUUCGCUAACCGCUAUGGCCAUUCAGAGUUGCCCGGAGAAGAUGCUCCCGCUCAGCGAAAUCUACAAGUUCAUCAUGGACAGGUUUCCUUAUUAUCGAGAAAACACGCAGCGCUGGCAGAACUCCCUGCGCCACAACCUUUCCUUCAACGACUGCUUCAUUAAGAUCCCGCGGAGACCGGACCAGCCGGGGAAAGGCAGCUUCUGGGCUCUCCAUCCCAACUGCGGUGAUAUGUUUGAAAACGGGAGCUUCUUGAGGCGCCGCAAGAGAUUCAAAGUGAUGAUAACCUCCGAACACCUGCAAAAACCCUCAGACGCGGCGCAUUACCUCCAGCAACAAGCAAAACUCAGAAUGACCGCUUUAGGGACACAUCUACCUCAGAUGACCAGCUACAACUUAAGUGUGUCACAACCCUCUACUUUCAAACAUCCUUUUGCCAUUGAAAAUAUAAUUGCCAGAGAUUACAAAAUGCCAGGAAGUCUUGCUUUCUCUACCAUGCAGUCCAUGUCUACGGGUUAUCAAAUACACAAUCAGUUGACCACGGCUUGGCCCCACAUGUAUAGCAGUAAUGUGAUAGACGCUGAGUAUACUGCCUAUGGAGUACCACUCAAAUCCCUGAGUCAUGGCGCGCAAAGUUUACCGGCGAUCCCUGUGCCAAUCAAACCCGCCCCAGCUCCGGUUCCGUCCAUCUCGACGCUGCCGGCGCGCCUGCCAGCGUUCCUCUCCGGCUCUCCACAGUCCCUGAGCCCGACAUCUCCCAGCCAGAGCAGCCCUGCCACACCGAGCCCGACCUCACUGCUCCAUUCGGUCGCCGUGCACUGUCAAGAGGUCACUUAAAACUUUAAGUGGGACUUGAAACUUUUCUUACACAUCCACCCGACAAAAAGGCAAGACAAGAAAACACACACAAAAAAUAUAUCUCUAAAAUUAUAGAAGUUGACUUGUUUAAAUUUUCUCGAAAAACAGUGUUAAGUUUGAUUAUAGCUCAAUUUUCCUAUGACAUAUGUCAUUAGGCUACCUCAUAUUAGUUCAAGUUCUUAUUGAAAAAUGCACAAUGGACAAUGAAAAUGUUAGAAGAAAGCAUAAAGAGUUUAGGACAGUAUAUGAUUAAAGUUUAUGAAUUAAAAUAUACGAUCAUUCUCUAUGUAGAUAAUUUUACUUGUAACUUAAUUUUGGUCUGUUUACCCAUUAAGACUCAUCGACAUCAAGUAAAGGAACUGAAAAGUGAUUGAGGAUUGCAUGUAUAAGCACAGAUGCUGCAGCUUUUCCGUGUGGCAGUGUUGAAAAAAAAGGAAAUACUCCUACAAUGCACUUUGGUGUGACGUUACAAAUAUCGCAAGAGAUAUUGUUCCGUGAACAAUGCUCAGUCUAAUUUAUCAGCUUCGUUGAAAAUAUAGUGAAAGCUGUUGUAUAUAAGUUUUCUGUAUAAUGUUGACAUGCUCUCAUGUACUAGCAUGCUGCUUUUCACGUAUUUACCUGAAAUAAAUUAUAAACUUUG